CUGAGCGUGCUGGCGGGCGCGCGGCAGGGGGGUUCACACACGCGCUCCUCCUUCCUCACCUUCCUCUGCGGCCUCGUCCUCACCGACUUCCUGGGGCUGCUGGUGACCGGUGCCAUCGUGGUGUCCCAGCACGCCGCGCUCUUCGAGUGGCACGCCGUGGACCCCGGCUGCCGCCUCUGCCGCUUCAUGGGCGUGGUCAUGAUCUUCUUCGGCCUGUCCCCGCUGCUGCUGGGGGCCACCAUGGCCUCGGAGCGUUUUCUAGGCAUCACCCGGCCCUUCUCGCGCCCGGCGGUCACCUCGCAGCGCCGCGCCUGGGCCACCGUGGGGCUGGUGUGGGCGGCCGCGCUGGCGCUGGGCCUGCUGCCCCUGCUGGGCCUGGGUCGCUACACCGUGCAAUACCCGGGUUCCUGGUGCUUCCUGACGCUGGGCGCCGAGUCCGGGGACGUGGCCUUUGGGCUGCUCUUCUCCAUGCUGGGCGGCCUCUCGGUGGGGCUGUCCUUCCUGCUGAACACGGUCAGCGUGGCUACCCUGUGCCACGUCUACCACGGGCAGGAGGCGGCCCAGCAGCGUCCCCGGGACUCCGAGGUGGAGAUGAUGGCUCAGCUCCUGGGCAUCAUGCUGGUGGCCAGCGUGUGUUGGUUGCCCCUGCUGGUGUUCAUCGCCCAGACAGUGCUGCGGAACCCGCCUGCCAUGAGCCCCUCCGGGCAGCUGUCCCGUGCCACAGAGCAGGAGCUGCUCAUCUACUUGCGCGUGGCCACGUGGAACCAGAUCCUGGACCCCUGGGUGUACAUCCUGUUCCGCCGCGCCGUGCUCCGGCGCCUCCAGCCUCGCCUCAGCACCCGGCCCAGGUCGCUGUCCCUCCAGCCGCAGCUCACACAGCGCUCCGGGCUGCAGUAGGAAGUGGACAGAGCACCCCUCCUGCGCCUUUCUGCGGAGCCCUGGACAGCCCAUCUGCCUGUUCUGAGGAUUCGGGAGCUGGGGGUGCUGGAUGGACAGUGGGCGUCAGCAGCAGGGUUUUGGGGUUGACCCCAAUCCAACCCGGGGACCCCCAACUUCUCCCUGAUCCUUUUACCAAGACCUCUCCCUUCCUCGGCUCCCUUUUCCCAUCCAGAGCUCCUGCCACUUCUCUGCGCCCCUCCCACCCCCAGGAAGGGCGUGGGGACAUUGGAAGAGGGUCUUGCAUAGCUUUUUUUUUUUUUUUUUUUUUUUUUUGAUGGAGUCUUGCUCUGUCCCCCAGGCUGCAGUGCAGUGGAACCAUCUCAGCUCACUGCAACCUCCACCUCCCUGGUUCAAGCAAUUCUCCUGCCUCAGCCUCCCUAGUAGCUGGG